CACAUACACACACACACACACACACACACACACACUGCUAAGUACCAGGAGCUCUGGAGGAGAGAGCUGGGAGCAGAGCCCAAGCUUAGGGACAAAUAACACUGGCGAGUCACACCGGACUCUACUCUGAUCCGGAGCCAUUUACUGGCAGGAAGAGAGCUCAGAGUUUAUUUUUGAAACUUUGAGCAGCAGCAACAAGCUUCCUGUGCAACUGGCUCCAACAGCGCUAAAGACACCCACUGAGAGCAGGGCCAACAGACAGACUGACGCACAAGGAAAAAGGAGGAAACAAUGAAUGGAUGGAUGCUUUCAUUCUGAUGAAAGGAAUAAACGCUAAGGCAUUUAUUUUGUCUAUUAUCCCACUAAAAAGCCCUCUCCAUUCCUGCCCUCCUCCCCUCUCGCUCCCCCAGGCCCCUUCAUAUUAGCAUCUCUCCUGGACAGUGAGGGGUUAACUAACCCGUUUAAGGGGAACCACAGAAAACAAUACUUGGACCCCAAAAAGACAAUGGCAGUGCCUUUCUCCUCCGUAUUUGUAAUUUAACAUCAAAAGGCUUCUCUCCCAGCGACCUCUGAGAGCCAGCGUCUCUUUAAUGAAGCGCCCCACCCCCCUUAAUCACAUUCAAAUUGGUUAGUGUUCAGAAAAUAGAAAUAUGUAUUAGAUAGCAAUAAAUUUUCAUCAUUGGCUAAGCCUGCUUCUUAAUUGUCCUGUCCCAAGGCUUGGGAAUUUCAUUGUUCGUUAGGUGCUUAAGUCCCCCAUCUCAUUCAGUCUCUCUGACAUUACUGCUGAGGGCUCUAAUGCCCAACUAAUUUGAAUGGGGAUUUACAUGAUAGAGCAGGGAGCAUUAAAAUGUGGAGGGAAGGGAAAAAAGGAAAAAGGGGGAAACGGCUUCUUUCACUUCAAAAGUCACUUUGUUCAAAGUCAAAUGACAGUGUUUAAAGAUGCUCUAUCUCUCUCUCCUCAGGAUUUUGGACAGCGGUGCCAAGUUUAAUGGUUCGUUAUCUUAGCCCCUCUCUGUCUUCCUCUCUCUCUCUUUACCUCUUUUUCUCUUUCUGCCGCCAACCAUACGCUUUUGUUUAGCGGCACCAUACUGUUUCGGAAUAUACAUUGUUUUUUUGAGUGACUUUGAAUUGCAAAACACUUCUGUCACUCUCGAUUAUUUUUUUUCCCCUCAUAUUUCUGUUUCUCUGCAUGUCACUCAAUAGUAUGCCAUCAGGGGUUUAGGAAGCUUAUUGAAUAGGCAUGAAUGUCCAUAUUUGUGUGUGCACAUGCAGUGUGUAAGUGGUGUACGUGUGCUUCUGUGUGUGUGUUCAGUGUGGUUGUAAUAAAUCGUUAGGCCUAUUGCUGUUACUUUCUCUCCAUGCUAGCAUGUAAACCAUUUCUCCACGCGCUUCUGGCUGGCGGCUGACAGAAAGAAAUGCCUGGAAUUGUUUUCUGUUUGUUCUAGAGGUAUUUUGGAUCAGAGGUAGAUCGUGUGUGUGUGCCUGUGUGCGCCUGCAAGUAUGUCUAUUUUGGAUCAGUGUGAAAUAGAAGCAGCGGUGAUAAAGAGAAUCAGAUGUUUUCUGAUGUGCGCUGUUGGACUCUUUGUGUGAGUCUGGCCAUAUAAAUGUCCAUAAGGCUGACACAGGGCAAACAGUUUGCAUGGGGAAUUUGAAUUUUGGCAGUGCAUGCAUGUGUGUGUAUGUGUGUCUGUGUGUACAGAUGUGUACAAGAGUGCCAUGAAUGUCCAUUUGGUGUUCUUCAUGUGAAUAAAGACAAUCAAAGUUUUGGCUACCUGUUGUCAGGUAGCCAAAUAAUCCAGAGUGUCUACUUCCUGAUAGAGUCUCUCAUAGCAUCCAACAUUAUGGUAAAGAGUAGGUGAGAAAAACUGAAUUAUGAGACAGUGUCAUAACCCACUGUUUACCCCAGCUUUAAUUAUUAUUUGCCUCUUUUUAGCUUAUAAACAUUGACACUCUCCACCUCGAAUUCCCAUAAUUAGUGUGUUUCGUUUGACCCACGUGUCACCGGAGAUGAGAGGAGGUUGCAGAGGGUCAGAACUAAUGAGAGAGAGGGGUUGACCUUAGACAUAGAGUCAACCUGGGGCAAGAGGGGCAUCAUCAUACAAAACACACAAUACCACACUCAAAUGUUGUGGAGGAGGGCCCAAAAGAGGAAAAACUGCUGGUUCCAGAGCAGCCAACCAUGAAUGGUUAUUGAUCCCUUCAUAAAGGCCGGCUGUCUCCUGAGUCCAUGGCUCUUUAGGUGGGAACGGCGGUAGACGGCUUCUCUACGCUGAGACAAGACUGAGAACUGAACGAGGAUGCUCUCCCACGAUGCCGGCUUUCGAUAACCAGGACAAAAUGAUGGAGAAGAGAGAGAAGAUUCAGACCUCAGGGGAGGUCAGCUCCUCUUGACCUCUGCGUUCCACAGCCCGGCACCACAGUGCCAGUGAUGAUGGUGGAAUCAGCCUCUGAGACCAUUCGAACGACGCCGUCCAGCCAGAACGGAGUCAGCAGCCUAAGCAGCCAAUCAGAUGGAGGGGGAGGUAGAGAGGGCGGGUCUAACGGAGACACAAAUGGAGAGAUCAGUCCAGUCGACUUGCUGCACCUGCAACAGCAACAGGCGCUCCAGGCAGCCAGACAGUUCCUCCUCCAGCAGGCCUCUGGACUCAACUCCCCUGGCAGCAAUGAGGUCAAACAGAGCCCUGUGCAGGUGCCAGUGUCCAUGGCUAUGAUGAGUCCACAGAUGAUCACUCCUCAGCAGAUGCAACAGAUCCUGUCUCCCCCUCAGCUCCAGGCCCUACUGCAGCAACAGCAGGCUCUUAUGCUACAGCAGUUACAGGAGUACUACAAGAAGCAGCAGGAGCAGUUGCAUCUCCAGCUUCUGACUCAGCAGCAGCAGCAGCAGCAGCAGCAGCAACAGCAGCAGCAGCAGCAGCAGCAGGCUGGGAAGCAAGCAGCAAAAGAGCUAGGCAGUAAGCAGUUGGCCUUCCAGCAGCAGCUGAUCCAGAUGCAGCAGCUUCAGCAGCAGCACAUCCUCAACCUCCAGAGACAAGGCCUGGUCCCACUGCAGCCAACCGCCGCCAUGCAGUCUCUGCAGCAAGCAAUGUGUCCGUCAGACCUCCAACAGCUGUGGAAGGAUGUGUCGGGGGUUCCAAGCAGCGAGGAGGCCCUGAAACAGGCCGAGGGCCUGGACUUGAGCACCAACAGCUCUAAUUCUACCUCAGCCUUCCCCAAAGCUGCCAGCGCUCACAUCCCACUGCACAGCCUGCCCAAUGGACAGAGCCACACCCCAAAGAGAGACAGAGCCAGACUGUUUGAGUGGAUAUCCUCCUUCACCAAGACAGACAGCGCAGAUGACCAUAUCCCCCUUUACUCCAAAGGCAGCCAACCCCCCAGCAGCCAUCAUGAGGAGCAUGCCGGCUCCCAUCCCCUCUACGGGCAUGGAGAGUGUAAGUGGCCUGGCUGUGAAGCACUGUGUGAGGACAUGGGACAGUUCAUCAAGCACUUGAACAAUGAGCACGCCCUAGAUGACCGCAGCACUGCUCAGUGCCGAGUUCAGAUGCAGGUGGUUCAGCAACUGGAGAUUCAGCUGGCGAAAGAGAGCGAACGACUCCAAGCCAUGAUGACCCACCUGCACAUGCGCCCCUCAGAGCCAAAGCCUUUUAACCAACCUUUGAACCUGGCUUCCAGUGGCGCUCUGUUAAAGCGGGACAGCGAUGUCUACCCAGAGGGUCUUCCCCACCCCCCCACCUCAGCUGCCACCCCCAUCACCCCACUGCGCCAGGGACCCUCGGUCAUCAGCUCAUCCAGCCUGCACACACACUCCCACUCCCAUACGCACGGUGUUGGGCCCAUACGUAGACGCAACUCCGACAAGUACUGCACCCCCAUCGCCUCAGAGCUGGCUCAGAACUGUGAGUUCUACAAGAACGCUGAUGUCAGGCCUCCCUUUACCUACGCCUCUCUUAUACGUCAUGCCAUUCUGGAGUCCCCAGACAGACAGUUGACUCUCAAUGAGAUCUACAACUGGUUUACACGAAAGUUUGCCUAUUUCAGGAGAAACACAGCCACAUGGAAGAAUGCCGUGCGCCACAACCUGAGUCUGCACAAGUGUUUUGUUCGUGUUGAGAACGUGAAGGGGGCCGUGUGGACUGUGGAUGAAGUUGAAUACCAAAAGAGGAGACCACCAAAGAUGACCGGAAGUCCCACUCUGGUGAAAAACAUGAUUUCAGGCCUGGGCUUUGGAUCCCUAAACGCCAGCUACCAGGCGGCUCUGGCCGAGAGCAGUCUGUCCCUGCUGAACAGCCCUGCCCUGGUGACCCCAUCUGCGGCCAGCCUCAACAUGCUGCACGUGGGCCACGAUGAUGUCAGCUCUACUGUGGAGCAGGUCAACAGCAACGGCAGCUGCAGCCCAACGCUCAGCCCUCAACAGUACAGCCACCCGGUGCAUGUGAAGGAGGAGCCCACUGAGGUGGAGGAGGACGGUCGGCCAAUAUCCCUCCUGGCUGGCGUCACACACAGCCUGCCAUUGCCGAGCGACGAUCGCGACCUGGAGGAGGAUCUUCCCACCGAGGAGCUGGAGUAGGAUGGAUCCAAGACGGACCUGAGGGGCGGGACAUAGCAAGCUCAAUCCCAAGCCCUCUCGUCAGUGUGAAGAGGAAAAGAUAGCUACACUUAAGCGAAAAGAGAGAAGAGAAAAAAGAGAAUGUUUUUUUUUUUUUUUUUUUUUUUUUUGUUUGUUUGUUUGUUUUGUUUUUAUGAAAAUGCAAGCAACCAAGGACAACAUUGAGAAACUCCAAACAGGGUUAGAUGACCUCCGUUACUUUCAGACGCAAAAACAAGACUGUGGAGCACUGCUUUACCUCCAUGUGUUUCUUUUCCGACACUUGGCUCAGAGGUGUAACACCACUCGAUGCAUACACACUCACACAAACACGCACACACACACACACACUGGCACACGCUCAUUCACUUGUCAAACCAUGCCUCAUCAUCCUCUUAAACCCUGGUCACAUCAGACUCUAUGUAGAGACCCCCCCCCCCCCAGAGGUUUGGACACACACUCUCUCCUCCUCGCUCCGCCACUCUGCAUACACCCUCCUCACUGUUGUCUCGGGCUGCCUGGCUAGCCGUCUAUCUCUACGUCAGUUGAGAAGACACACGGGUGUGUGUGUCAGAAAGAAAAAGACACACACACACAUACACACACACACACAGGAUCAUGUGUAUAUAGAUUUGGAGCAGUCACCUGGGGCUGUGCAGUAUACCUCUCCUUCUUCUCCCCCCUUUGAGUCAAUCACUUGCUUUUUCAUUUUCUUUGAUUUGAUUGAAAUGAAACUGUCGGGCUUUAAGAUGGGGAAGGAAGGAAGGGAGGAAGAGUGCUUUCAAAGAUUACCUCCAACAGUGCUCCAACACUUCAGCAGAGCAGGCUCUUGUCUCCAUGUCUGUGUGCGAGCCCACAGCGAGGCCGACCAGAUGAAGGCGUGACCCUGGUCCCUGCCCAAACUUCUGCCCCCAGCAAGACACUUAGUGACGGACAUCUUUUAAACUCUUUGCUUCUAAGUGAGAUAAAAAGAAGACAUUUUCCUACCCGCCUCCAUCCCUUCCCAUCCCCCCUCCCCGAAAAGACUGCAGGAAUAGGACCAUUUGGUGCUGUCCUUCUCCUCUCCUCUGUCUAUGGAUGGAGGGAUGAGCUUGGAACACUUUGAGAAAGAGAAGAAAAGAGGGGAAGCAGAGAGAAAUGAGGGAGGAAUUGUCUACAGAAAUAUUGUGACUUAAAAAGAAAACUGUUGAUUAUGGAAUAUAACAAGAAAAAAAAAACGUGUGGUAGCUUUUUCAUUUCCUUUUUUUAUUUGAUGUUGUUAUCAUUGUUUAUUUUUGAGGAUCAAUAUUUCCACGGUGGCGUUCUGUUUCGACGUACCUUUUCUAAGGAUGCUGUUUUUAUUUUUGUAUUGUAAUUUGUUUGAUUUACUCUGGUUGUUCACACCAUUCCAAAUGAGUAUUGGCAAAAAAAAAAAAAAAAAAGAAAGCGCAGUAUUGUCCCAACUUGUAAUACCCGACCCCGACUCCUGCCCCUCUCCCUUUCAGUCCCAAGUGUAGCAGGCAAGAAAUUUGGAAAUAGCACUUAAAGUUGCCAUUAUCCAGACAUAUUAUUUAACAGCUGAAUUCUUUUUUGUUUAAUUCUCUUUCAUUCACUUGUUUUUGGUUGUUUAUUUAGUUGAGAAAUAUCAGUAAUGCUUUAAAAAAUAUAUAUAUUAUUACUGCAGUCAGAGAAUACCUCAUCCCACAAAGGUUCUGCCUGGAACUGUGUCCAAAUUGAUAAAGAAAUGAGGGGGAAUUCUUUCUGUGGGACACCAAAUGUGGCAACUCUGCUCGGCUUCGAUUCAAAGCUCUAUGGUUGUAAUAGUUACUGUGUAGAAGCUAUCUGCAAUUCACUGUGUGAGUUUGUGUUAAAAGGAAUAGCACGUGAGAUUUAUUUUUUGUUUGUUUUUCCGUGAGCAUAAAAAGCAUUACUUUUCUCUACAGUGCCAUACCAAAUUUAACAUUUACUUUAAUCUAUUAUCUGCUUAUUCCCGUUUUAUUUUUGUUACAGGUAACCAAAGAAAUAUGUAGAAAACCAAAAACCCUGUAGAUUAUUUUGCCCUUUUUUGAGUUCCCUUUUUUCUUCUUAAAGAACUGGCCAAAAGACAACAAACCAGGAGUUUGAAUUCUUACUAUUGUAUUCAUAUAAGUAUUGUUUCGAAAUUAUACAUGAACUUACAGUGCUGACCAUUCCGAAAACCAAAGUGUGUAAAGCAAACUAGAAUUUGGAGACAUCAAAGCUUUUACAUGAGAAGCGAUUAUUAAUUACUCACAUUAGAUAUGAGGCCAAAAACUAGUAAUAACAAACCUCGCACAGUUCCUCCGAAAAAACAAAAUGAAAGAGAAAAGAAAAAAGCACUUAGAGGUGAAACCCUGUCUCUCCCACGCUCAGGCUAAACUGUGUUCCAAACACAAUCCCAGGACUGGCCCUACUACUGUAUGAGCGGGCCUAAAAUAAGGCACUCGUGAGGCAUUUUGAACACAAUCUGAGAUGCCAACAAAAAGUGAUUUUAAAUGCAGAAAGAAAAUAUUUGGCUCUGUCGAAACACCUGGCUUUACAGGAUACUUUUCUAGGAAAAAUGCUCUUUGCUUUAAACACAAACAUGCCCUCUUGAUCUGUAUCUAGUAUUAGCAGGAAGAGGAAACGUACUGUAAUGUGGUUACAAAAGUCACAUCUUCAGACAUGGAGGAGUUAUUCCAAAUAUAUGUAUCUUAUGAAUAUUACAAUAAAGAGGGAACAAGUAAAACUAAUGAAAAUAUACCAAUGUAAGAGGAAAACAACCAAGGGACAUCAUGUAAUUAAAAGUUGGGUUCAUAUUUUCAUACUUUUUUGUCAAACUAUCUCUUGCACUUCAGACAAUUUUCUUGUUUAAUGAAAGAACCUUUCUGAUGACUUUGUGUUCAAACAGGACUGUUUCCUGUCACAUUAGAGACUGAUUUCUAACCAAGUACAAAGUGGCAGACAGACAUCUUGAAACAAGAUAAAAACCAAAAAUAACACUACCUCCUUUUCAAAACGGUUCAAUACAUAGCCAAUGGGAGACUGAACUCUCUUAAAUAUGUUUUUUUUUCUCCAUUCUUCCUCGAUAAUAAUAAUGAAUGCCAAAAUUGUUGUUUCACUUACUGUAUGACUGACAAAAAAACAAAAAAAAAACUAUUUGGUGAUCCGGACUCCCUAACGCAUCUGCUUGAGCCCAAAAACAUAGAGACGUUUCACUUUCCAUGGAAUUUAAAAAGACUACCUCUCCUUAAACCACAUCUAAAGCACUCUCUAUGUCUCAAAGUGUGUUGUGAAGUGCUCGCUAUAUAUAAAAAAAAAAAGUUUUCUAUCAGCUGUGUAAAACUGACCAUAUUCCUGCACCUGAUCAACACUGAGCUAUGUGAAGAGCCUCUCGACUGUGUGCUUUUGAUUGUAUGUGUGCAUAUUCAUGAUCGGGCUCUGCUCUCAGCCAAUGAGAAACUGGUCCUUGAUGGCUAUGUGAUGUUGCAGGGAGCUGGUUGUCAGGGGUAAUGAUGGGCAGAAUAUAUCAGUGCCACCAGGACACACACACACACACUCACACACACUCACACACACACACACACACACACACACACACACACACACACACACAGGGGUAUUACAGAAGCAUAGAAGCAGGGCUAUGGGUUAGUGCAAACAAAGGCUGUGACCAUUCAAAUAUCCAAAGACCCACACAGAGCAGCACCCCCUUCACCAAAACACUCAAAGAGACGCUGAGAGGACUAACAUACACUUAAUGAAACUCAUCACUACUACUAUCCAAACCAAGAGGAACUGCUGCAUACAGUACAUAGAUGAUCUCUGACUUGUGCUUUAAGGUACACCUGUAAACAAAGCUGUUUUAUAAAGAUGUAGAUUGUUCACAGGUCGCCAUGUAACACUUCUGUUCUUUCUCCAGCUUGGCAUAACAUGAUGUAUUCUUGUAUAUUAAUGCUUGACUUAUCUCUCCAGGGCAUUCUUUCCCAUUUUUGUCCUUUGAUUUCCUCUUCUUUUUUGGAUUUUUUUUUCUGCACCUGUUUAGCUAUUGUAAAGCUUUCAGCUCUGAUUCCUAUACUGUACUGCUAAUGCUGAAGUAUAUGUAUUUAUCAUAUUAAGUGCUGCAGGUAUCUUGGUUUAAUAGUUUUGUUUUUGUUUGUUUCCAUUUUUUCAGUUCUUCAUAAAACGUCUGGGACGCUGAUUUUUUAAGUGUAUUAUCUCGAAAAAAAAUGAAAAGAAUAAAAGUUAGAUCAGUGGUUUAGGUAACACCUGUUUGUAUAUUUAUCUUAGCUAGGUCUAUUUUGAUACUUUUUUGUCUCUGUACUGCAUUUAUGCAUUUUUAAGGAAAGAAAAAAAACAAAUGGAAAACAAACUAAAAAGUUACUUCAUUAUGUAUUGAUACCUCAGAAGGACUUUUUUCUCAAAGACAGGACCAAAACCUCCGAAAAGAAAAAGAGAAAAAAAUGUAAGAAUAUGUAGCCCCUCUCUUGCUUUAAAAAAUGCAGAGCUCUAGAAAGGUAUUACUGUUGGUCCUUUCAGGUGCCAAUAUUGUGUCCCAGCUCCCUGUGACCCCCCCUCGCUCUGACCCCUGACCCCCGUCAUUCCUGUGCUGAACUCCGACCCGCAGAGCUGUCAAUCAUCUGCAGGCGCCAUGGGGGUGUCACUGAGUUACACACCUGGCUGGUGGUGACCAGUCACAAACCCCAUCUCCCAGUCCCACAGAGGCAGAUCAAAGACUGACUCUGUUGCAUUUUUGAUACUCCUCCUCUCACGUAGUCUCAAUACCAAAAUGUGGAAUGGCUCUCAGAGAUGCAGCUCAUCCUCUGACUACCAAAGGCAUUGCAAGCAAACAUUGCUUAGUCCAAACUCCUGAACUGUAACCAAACUGUAACUAAACCAAUGCCACAACCUUAACCAAACAAAAACCAAGCUACUUCCAAAAGUCUCCAUCGACUUCACUGAUCACCUUUACUGAUAGCUGUUAUCUCUCAUUCGUACAUUCACGUAAUGGUGUUGUAAGACCAGCCUGCAUCCUAUUGGCUGGUGACUGACUCAAUGGACAAAGGGAGCCCAAAUCCUGGUGUGUGAUUGGACAGUUCUGAGGUGUCACAUGAGGGGGAAGGGACUCUCAAAGUGGAGCAUUGCCUGACGGUAUUAUCGAGUAGACAGCCAGAAUCCGAUGGAACUACCACUUCAGCUCUCCUCUGGUUAAACCUUAGGAAUGUGUGUACAUUUUCAGCAGUGACUCUCUGUAUUGUUUCUUAGUUUCAGUUUACCUGUUUACCUCUCUUUAUCCUUUGGUUUUUUUGUUCUGUUUCUUGAUAUUUGAAAGUGUGACCCGAGUAAGAGGCGGGGACAGGGACUGGGUGGUGGCUUUAGACAGACAGUGGAGCCCAGCCCUCUGACCCUCCACCCCCGGGUAGCCAUGUAAUGCCAGUCACUGCCCUUUCCUUCAUGCUGUAUAAAAACACACACAUAUAUCUGUGUAUUUGUAACCUGAAUCUUCUUGUGUCUGUCCAUGCAGACAAUAAAAAACUGUACAGUAGGUCUAGUUGCAUGUAAUCUGUACUAAUUAUUGACAAUGGCAUUAUAAAAUGCAAUAAAAUACUUAUUACACUGUC